AUGAUGGGAUUGUCGUUAGCUCAUUAUGGUUACUCGGUCUCGUUUACGGUCGUGGUGGUUCUUCUCCUGCUGCCGCGAUUUUGCUCAGCCGACGACGACGAAAGGCUCAUGGUGCCGAUGACUCUGGUCCGCGACGCCGACGAUGUCGGCGCCGUUUGCUUGGACGGGAGCUUGCCUGCGUAUCAUCUCCACCGUGGUUCCGGCGCUGGAGCCACCAAUUGGCUUUUGCAGUUUGAGGGAGGCGGGUGGUGCAACGACGUGGAUUCGUGCCUGAUCAGAGCAGGAACACGGCGGGGAUCCACCACGCUGAUGAACAAGCAAGAAGUUUUUUCUGGCAUCUUGAGCAACAAUGUUUCUCUUAACCCAGACUUUUACAAUUGGAACCGGGUGAAGCUUAGAUACUGCGACGGAGCCUCCUUCACAGGAGAUUCCCAGUUUCGCAACGAGUCAUCGGUUAUUUACUUCAGAGGGCAGAGGAUUUGGGAUGCCAUCAUCACCGAUCUCCUCCCCAAAGGCCUGGCCGACGCGAGCAAGGCACUGCUUUCCGGUUGCUCUGCUGGCGGAUUGUCAGUUUUUCACCACUGCGAUGAUUUCUCCAGGAAGUUACCCAACGCCACGGUAAAAUGCCUGAGUGACGCUGGAUUCUUCCUGGACGCGAAAGACAUAUCUUCAAAUUAUACCAUGAGGACCUUCUACGAGGAUCUGGUCACGCUUCACGGGUCAGAGAAGAAUCUGAAUGAGGACUGCAAAGCUUCCCUCGCCAACCCCAAGCUGUGCUUCUUCCCGCAGUACGCUCUGAGAUACAUCACAGCACCGUUCUUCCUCUUGAAUUCAGCUUAUGACGUGUACCAGAUAAACCACAUAUUGGUCCCGCCUUCUGCGGAUGUGCAGGGACUCUGGAACAAUUGCAAGACCCAAUUGUCAGAGUGCAACACUGCUCAGAUUAACCUCUUGCAAGGAUUCAGGCGAGAGAUGUUGCGAGCAACGCUAUUUGUUUACAGAGGUUCAAGUAGAGACGGGAUGUUCAUAAACUCAUGCUUCUCGCAUUGUCAGAGUGAGUUGCAACCCACAUGGCUUACUCUUGACUCGCCCACAAUACACAACAAGACAAUAGCGGAGGCUGUUGGUGACUGGUAUUUUGGCAUGAAUGUAACCAAGUUAAUCGACUGCCCUUAUCCAUGUGAUCGACACUGUCAUAACCUUAUACCUCAGACCGUUCAGAAUGAUGAUUUGUGA